GUCACUCGAUGCUGUUGAGGUUGUUAUCGCUUGCAUGUGCACAGUGCGACAGGCAGCAGUGAUGGUGGGGCUUUCAUAACGAAGUGGGGAGACAAAGGCGAUGGAUCCGAACUCAGCCCCAAAAUGUUCUUGAUAACGUCUUCGUGUGAGGAGCUACAGAAAUCCGCACAGAGGCGUCUACAUUUCACAACACCGCUUAACACGAUCAUGGUAAAGGAGUCCCGUUGUUGACUGGCGUGGGGGAGGCUUCACCAUGUCCUGGGGUGGGUGUCAUGAAGACAGGAUGUGAUGUCGCGUGGGGGGGUGGCAGAGAAUGGCCACAGCCAUGGGGGGAAACCUGUCCAAAUAUGCCCCCAUCUUCCUCGUCCUCGCACUGUCAGGAAUCCUCUUCCUCCUGCGGAACAUGCAUAUACUGGAGAGGUGGAACUGCCAGUCGAUGUCCUCUCUCUACCAGCUCCAAAGCAGCAUCAGUUCGGCCUUCAAGCCCUCUGGAGCCUUCUUGCUCCUGGACCACAACCACACUUACUGCCCCUUCCUGGGCCAGGAGCCAUCCAGCGAGGAGGCCCGUGAGGAGCGCUACCUCCUGGAGUCCAUCUCUUGGCCAGAGCCACCCACGCCGGGCACGACGCCGCUCCGCUUCAGCAGCGACCCGGCCCGCAGCUUCUUCGUGAUCCAGCCGCCCGCCAGUGGCAGAGGGGCCUCGGGCCAGUCGGUGUGGCGCGUGGGUGGCAAGCUGGAAGUGCUGGUCCACAUGCAGAACUUCCUGGGCCAGCCCAAGAGGCACGGCGGCGACUUCCUGCUGGCGCGCAUCUACUCUCCCGAGCUGGGUGCGGGCGCCUCGGGCCGCGUCACCGACCACCAGGACGGCCUGUACACCGUGGAGCUGCCGCUGCUGUGGCUGGGCCCCGCGCAGGUGGAGGUGAUGCUGGUGCACUCGAGCGAGGUGGUGGCCGUGCUGCGACGCCUGCGCGAGGAGCAGCCCGACCGCGUUUACUUCAAGAGCCUCUUCCGCUCAGGCUUCCUGUCCGAGACCACCGUCUGCAACCUGUGCCUGCGCACUAGACCGCGCCAGCCGGCGCUCUGCAACUACACGGACCCGCACUCCGGCGAGCCCUGGUACUGCUACAAGCCCCGGCUCCUGGAUUGUGACACGCGCAUCAAUCACGCCAAAGGAGGCUACAAGAAGCACCUGCUCACCACCACAGAGUCCAUGUUGUUCUUGAGCUCUACUAUUAAAGCUCCCAUUCAAGCCCUCGGGAUGGACAACAUAACAAUCUCACCCGCUGUCAGAGAACUGUCAUUGAUUCGACGAGACAGGUCAAAGUUAAUGCCAUCUGGGUAUUACUACCAAGGCUCUUGGAGGCCUUUAUCUGGAAUUCCCAUACAGCAGUUCAAUGAUUCCUCCGCCAUUACUCAGUGUCUGCGUGGAAAACUCUUUUACAUGUUUGGAGACUCCACUGUUCGACAGUGGUUUGAGUACCUCAAUGCCUUCGUUCCAGAACUGAAAGAGUUCAACCUCUACAGCCCAAAGAACGUGGGGCCCUUCAUGGCUGUGGACAGCGUCCACAACAUCCUGCUGCAGUACCGCUGCCACGGCCCGCCCAUCCGGUUCUCCACUGUCUCCGCCAGCGAGCUACGCUACGUGGCCAACGAGCUGGACGGCCUGCCCGGCGGGCCCGACACAGUGGUGGCGCUGAGCGUCUGGUCCCACUUCAGCACGUUCCCCGUGGAGGUGUACAUGCGGCGUCUGCGUCACAUCCGCCGCGCUGUGGCUCGCCUGCUGGACCGGGCGCCGGGCACGCUGGUGGUGAUCCGCUCGGCCAACCCGCAGAAGCUGGACGCGGAAGUGUGCCUGUACAACAGCGACUGGUUCUCCGUGCAGCUGGACGCGGUUCUGAGGGCCAUGUUCCGUGGCCUGCGUGGGGUGGUGCUGCUGGACGCCUGGGACAUGACGCUGGCACACCCCACGCAGCCCCACCUGCUGCACCCACCACCGGACAUUGUCAAGAAUAUGAUCGACCUCAUCCUCUCCCACGUGUGCCCAGCCAAAAAGGAGAGGAUGAGGACAUAGCCAGCAGAGGGAUCUGGAAGGGGAAGGGGAGAGAUGUGUAUCAAACGCAAGUAGUUCAGUGGGGCCAAACAUGAUUUUUUGUUUUUUCAUGAGGAUCUACAUCUUUUAUACAGGAUUUCCUUGAGUGUCCUUUUCCUCCCAGUCGGAGAAGAGUGAGCGCUGCUGCACUUUCCUGCCCAGAGGCACCAGCCCAAACGUGAACAUGAUUUGAGUGAGAACUCGGUUCUUUGUCUGAGUAGUUCCCACCUCCUUUUAACAGCAAUUCGCUCACAGUCUGUUUGAAUUUAUGGAGCUAGAUGGAAUUUGGGGGGAAAUGAGAGAAAAGAUGAGCAGUAUGAUAAGGAAUACAGCGUAGACAUUUUCAAAUGGCCAAAUUGUGUGUUAUCUACUGUCUGAUCCAUCUCUGUCUUCUCUUUGUUGCUUGCCUGCCCUCUAUCUGUCCUCUCCUCUCUUUUGUAGUCUGAGUUUCAUCCUCCACUUCCUGUCGUCCAAAAGUUCUAUCCAGAUAUCUCUAGUAGUUGUUGCAUUAACACUGGUAGAAAUCAGUUCAACACGCAAAAGACAGGACCACACUUUAAAACUGGGCAGUCCUGCUGUGUCUUGCUGCAGAUGACCUGGUCAGGGACUAUUAUUCAUCUUUCUGCUUCAUCAUAUAACUGAUGGUGUGUAAAGUUGUGACAUACCUCAAAUGUUAAAAGGUGUAAUAUGUAGAGGAUGGUGCCGCUGGUAGGCUGUUAGACUCAAAACUAUGUUGCAUUGUAUUUUGCACAAGUUGUUGUACAAGCCUAGCCGUGCAACGAAGCUGAAGGUCAUGCAAACACGUACACAUUGCACAGGACACAGAGAACAAUUAGCACAACCAUUUCUCAAAGUAGGAACUGAACAGGUUGGAUACCUCAAGGGAGGUAGGGCACAUUGACCCAGUACAGCAUCAUAGAACACAGGCUUUGCAGAGGCAGUAAGAACAUGAGUUUCACUUUACUUUCAGUGCAAUAAGGUCUUUAAUCUUGACCCAAAGGAGUAAAUGUAAGCCUAUGUAUUUUUUAUUUAUUAACUUGGCUUUAAGGUAAUAAUCAAGAAGACAGACAAUGCCUAAAUGAACAUUGUAAAGCAAUGACAUGAUGAAUCAUGCAUAUUAUACAGGACACAGGCAUAUAGAUAUUCUGGACAUAGCACAUGCCAAACUGAAUUAGUCUCAACCAGUGUAAUCUGCACAACUCAUUGUAGUGUUUGCUUAUAAUACCGGUGGUCCACUGUUAUGCUUUUAUCAUGUAACCAUUUGGCUACUUGGAAAUGUAGCUGCUUACUGUAUACUCUUUGCCACUGUGUCAUUUGUUUUAUGGAAAAUCCAUUACAAUAAGGGCCAUUACCAAGCAUCGCUGGAAAACCAGUUUGACUACACAUUUUUAUUUUGCCUAAACAAAUGGAGUCAAACACUCAAAUUGGGGUGCCAGCUAAGUUCAAAUGUAAAAGACUGCUUAUUUUCACUGAACUUUUCUGUGUGCAUACUUCCUUGAUGGCCAACGUGAAACUUGGUUAAAAUAAACUAUUAUGCAUCCUGA